CAAGCGACAAUUAAAAUUGGAGGCAAAGAGCGUGGCCACCCUUUCCAGGGCCAGCUUUCUGGACUCUACUACAAUGGCUUGAAAGUCCUGAACAUGGCCGCCGAGAAUGAUGCCAACAUAGUGAUAGAAGGGAAUGUGAGACUCGUUGGUGAAGUGCCUUCCUCUAUGACGACAGAGUCAACGGCCACAGCCAUGCAGUCUGAGAUGUCCACCUCGGUCAUGGAAACCACCACCACUCUGGCAACAAGCACGGCAAGGAGAGGAAAGCCACCUACGAAAGAGCCCAUUGGUCAGACCACAGAUGACAUCCUGGUGGCCUCAGCCGAAUGCCCCAGUGACGAUGAGGACAUUGAUCCCUGUGAGCCGAGCUCAGCAAGUCCCACCAAGCCUGGCCGGGGAGGCUACCCAAGUUCAGAUGAGGUGGUUCGGGAAUCCAGCAGCACAACUGGCAUGGUGGUUGGGAUUGUGGCUGCAGCUGCAUUGUGCAUCCUCAUCCUCCUCUACGCCAUGUACAAGUACCGAAACCGGGAUGAAGGCUCCUAUCAUGUUGACGAGAGUCGAAACUACAUCAGUAACUCAGCACAGUCCAACGGGGCUGUGAUUAAGGAAAAGCAACCCAACAGCUCUAAAAGCUCUAAUAAAAACAAGAAAAACAAGGAUAAGGAGUACUACGUCUGAUCCCAACCGCUGCAAAAGAACAAUUGUAUAGAAAUAGUCUUCAUUUUAUCUGAGACAUAAAACGAAACUUAUUUACUUUACUUUUUAUGAAGCACAUACAAUGUUUAAAAAAAUGGGAAAAAAGGACACAGGGAAUGCAAUCAGAAAGGAAAGACUUUUUUUAAAUAAAUAAAAAAACAAAGGAAAGGGAAAAAAAGGAAGUAAGCAUUUCAUACUCUAGGUGUGCCGAAACCAGAGUCAAUAAAUCCCCUUACAUCCACAGUGUUUUCAUUUACUCUACCAUCUUUAUGUUGCUGGAAUGUUCCUGAAGAUGAUGUUGGUAACUACUGCACCCGUGUAUGGAAAAGAGUAUUACUACCAAAAACAUCACCCAGCACUACGAGGGAAAAAAAAGUAACAAACUGAAACAAACAAAUGAAAUUAAAUCUCUCUAUCUCUCUGUCUCUCUCUAGUACACACACACGCACACACACAUACAGAAGCUACCUACGUGUCUGGAUUUAGCCAAAAUGCUCGUGCUUUCCAGAGGAGUAAAGUCCGUUUGAUUCCCUUAGAGGACUUUACGGUUCUACACAAGCGCUCAACAAGUGAACCUCGAGACCCCGUUUGCUGCCCAGCACAGUGAAACAAGGAUUGGAGCUUGGGUUUAAAGUAAAGUGCUGGCUUUUCUGAAUAAAAACCAUUCCUUUAGAAGAAGAAGAAGAAGAA